AUGGAUCUUCUAUUUCUGGUUCUCACCAAGUGCUUGCCUUGUUUUCCUGAUCUUUCAAGCCCUUCGCUUACGGUCAAUGGCACAAAAUACAAAAUACUCCGGCUCCUCGGUGAAGGUGGCUUCUCUUAUGUCUAUCUUGUAUCGCAGAAGAACAAUGCUAACAACCUAUACGCCAUGAAGAAGAUUCGGUGUCCGUACGGUGGAAAUGAUGCAACUUAUGCCAAUGCGUGGCGAGAAGUACGCAGCUACCACAGAUUUGCUGAAAGCAAAACCCCCUACAUCAUCCACACUAUAGACGAAAGCGUGGUCAACGAAAGCGAUGGAUCAAGGACCUUCUACAUUCUUCUUCCAUACUUUGAGAGGUCUUUACAAGAUGUGAUCAACUUCAAUGUGCUCAAUAGCGUUUCUAUGGAGGAAGAGGAGGUGCUCAAGAUAUUCAUUGGCGUGCUUCGAGGUGUGCAAGCAAUGCAUAAGUACCAGAAAAGAGGCAGCGCCGGAGGUCCUGAAACUGAUGACGACGAAAAUGAUUUGAUGCUUCCAGAUGAAGACGAUGAUAGCUACGGCCAGGCAACAGAACUUCUGGAACUCUGUCCAUAUGCGCACAGAGAUAUCAAGCCUGCAAACGUCAUGCUCUCUGCUGAGGGCUUACCAGUCCUUGUGGAUUUGGGCCUGUGCUCCAAGGCUAGAGUUACAGUGACCUCUCGGCAACAGGCACUUACAUUGACCGAAUUUGCCCAGGAACAUUGUACGCUUCCGUACAGGGCACCUGAGCUUUUGGAUGUUGCUAGCAACGCCGAAAUCACCGAGCUGACAGAUAUAUGGUCUUUAGGGUGUCUCUUGUACAGUUGUUGCUUCGGAUUCUCGCCAUUUGAAAAACUCGAAAUUGAACAAGGCGCCAAUUUGAAUUUAGCCAUCUCGCAGGGUAAAUAUGAGAUUCCGAGCGACCUUCGAGGCUUCUCUCCCGAACUCAUUGACAUUAUCAAGUCAUGCCUAGUUUUGAAACCUACAGAAAGGCCUACAGUUGACGAGCUUCUAGAGUCCUGUCUCACUUUGCUUCAUAAAAUAUGA